UGAAAAAUCGUCGCCCAUCCAUCUCAACGAUACGCAGGGAGAAAUGAGCAAUUCACCCCUCGAGUGGCUCUUGCUCCCCAGACAAACUGCAGCGGAUACCAUGGAAUCCAGAGUAACGAGCACCAAAGCUCGUCUCUUCUUGCUCGUACUGGUAUGCACAUGCGGCGCCGCCUCUCCACGAACCGAAUCCGAAGUUGAAGCCAAAGCGCUUUUCACAUGGAAGUCCACUCUCAUGAUCUCCGACGCAAACGCCUCUUCUCCGCUCUCAUCAUGGUCGCCGGCCAGCUCCCCGUGCGGUUCUUGGUCCGGCGUCGCGUGCAACGCGGCCGGCCGUAUCGCCGCGCUCACGAUUCCGAGAGCUGGGGUCGCAGGCACGCUCGACGCCUUCGAUUUCUCCGCCUUCCCGGCGCUCGCAAGCCUCAACCUCAGCGGCAACCAUCUCGCGGGCGCCAUCCCCGCCAACGUCUCCCUCCUGGCCUCGCUUGCCUCGCUCGACCUUUCGAGCAACAACCUCACCGGCGGCAUACCGGCGGCGCUCGGGACGCUGCGCGGCCUGCGAGCUCUUGUCCUCCGCAACAACCCGCUCGGUGGGCGGAUCCCGGGGUCCCUCGCCAAGCUCGCCGUGCUGCGGCGGCUGGACCUGCUGGCCGUGCGGCUCGUCGGUACGAUUCCGGCGGAGUUGGGACGCCUGAGAGCUCUCAGCUUCUUGGACCUGUCCAGGAACAACCUCUCCGGCGAGCUGCCGCCGUCCUUCGCCGGGAUGACUAAGAUGAAGGAGCUCUACCUGUCAAGAAACAACCUCUCGGGUGUUAUUCCACCUGAGCUCUUCACUAGCUGGCCUGAGGUAACUCUGUUCUUCCUGCACUACAAUUCGUUCACCGGAAGCAUACCGCCGGAGAUCAGCAAAGCAGGCAAGCUGCGGUUCUUGGCGCUUGAGGCCAACAACCUUACCGGCGUCAUCCCGGCGGAGAUCGGCAGCUUGACGGGCCUCGAGUUUCUGGAUUUGGGGAGGAACUCGCUGUCCGGACCGAUCCCUGCUUCUAUUGGAAACCUCAAGCUGCUUGUCGUCAUGGCUCUGUCCUUCAACGGCCUCGCUAGCUCGGUGCCCCCUGAAAUUGGUAGUAUGUCCUUACUACAAAACCUUGAUCUCAACGGUAACCAGCUCGAGGGUGAGUUACCUGCAACUAUUUCAUCGCUCAAAGAUCUGUACAGUCUUGACUGCAGUAACAACAAGUUCAUUGGUACAAUCCCAAGCAUUGGCAGUAAGAAAUUGCUCUCAGCUGCCUUUGCCAACAAUAGUUUCUUGGGAAGCUUCCCUCGGACAUUUUGCCAAAUCGCAUCAUUGGCACUGUUGGAUUUAUCUAGCAACCAAUUGUCAGGGGAGCUCCCUAACUGCCUGUGGGACUUGGAGGAUCUAAUGUUCCUAGAUUUGUCAAACAAUGGUUUCUCCGGGAAGGUUCCGUCAGCUGGGUCCGCUAAUCUAUCGUCGUUGGAAUCAUUGCAUUUGGCAAAUAACAAACUCACAGGUGGGUUCCAAGUAUACUGAAGAAGUGUAAGCAGCUCAUUGUCCUUGAUAUCGGUGAGAACUACUUUUCCAGCCAAAUUCUAUCAUGGACAGGUUCAAAUCUUCCUUCCCUAAGGAUUCUCCGGCUGCGGUCCAACUUGUUUAGUGGUAGUAUUCCCUGGCAACUACCACAGCUCUCCCAUCUCCAGCUACUCGACCUAGCUGCCAACCAAUUUUCAGGUCCCAUACCGCAGGGUUUGCUUGCCAAUUUAACAUCCAUGAUGAAACCACAGACAGAAUUCAACAUGACUUCACUAGUCCAUCAUCAAGUUUUACAUCUAGAUGCUACGAUGAAUUUUGUUGACCGGAUCGAUGUGAACUGGAAGAUGAAGAGCUACACAUUCCAAGGGACGAUUGCACUUAUGAUAGGUAUCGAUUUAUCAGGCAAUUCGUUCUCUGGUGAGAUUCCAACCGAGCUAGCGAAUCUCCGGGGCCUCCGGUUUCUGAAUCUAUCAAGGAACCAUUUGUCAGGCCACAUCCCUGAAAACAUUGGUGAUCUCAAACUUCUGGAAUCCCUUGAUUGCUCAUGGAAUGAAUUAUCUGGUGCAAUUCCUUCGAGCAUCUCGAAACUGGCAUCUCUUAGUACGCUCAAUCUCUCCAAUAAUAAUCUCUCUGGCGAGAUACCAGUCGGAAAUCAGCUCCAAACACUGGAUGACCCUUCCAUUUACAACAACAAUUCUGGGCUUUGCGGAUUUCCAUUGGUCGCAUGCUCCAAAGGUUCUUCGGGUACUGUGGAAACACUAGACACAGAACUUGAAACCGUGUAUUUCUGCUACUCAAUAAUUGCUGGACUCGUCAUUGGAUUUUGGUUGUGGUUGGGGUCUCUGGUUUUCUUCAAGACGUGGAGAACUUAUGUUUUCUGUUGUGUGGAUCGCUUUCAACAUAAGGUUAUGAAAAGAUGGAGAGCGUUUCGUUAAUGUGUGUCUAUAUAUCGUUAUGUAGCCUUGGUACAUGAACUGUAGUAUAUGUAUAGGAUUUCUAUAUUUUUCUUUACUUUUUGUUCCAUAUAAAGGACAUGUAUUCCUUAAAAAAUAUAUGUUG